CCUCCGUCCGGCUGCGUGUUUGGGGAAAGUGAAAGGAAAAGAUCUCGAGCAGAGACAGUUAGAAAGGGUGUAUUUUGCGUGUUCCGGGUACUUUAAAGCAUCCAGACGCAGCGCGCGCUGGGCGCAGCGAGGGCGGCUUCGGGGAUUCCCCUGCACGCGCGCGCGCACGCGCACAGCCCGCCUCAACCGCAGUCUGUCCUCCUGCAGACUAAUGGCAGCAGCGGAUACAAAGCCUGGAGGAUCUGAGGAGUCCAGUUUGCGGUCUGAGGAGUCCGUGAUGAGGUCCCAGGAGUCGAGGCUGGGGUCCGAUGAGUCCAGGCAGAGGUCAUCGGGCUCUGUCAGCUCCUGGGAGUCGGAGCUGACCACCAUCCAGCACUCCCUGAAGUUUGUGCUGACGCUGAAGGAAGAGUUUGUUUGUCCCGUCUGCAGAGGAGUCGUCCUCAACCCUCAGCAGAACUCCUGCGGACACAUCUACUGCUUCCACUGCCUGCAAGGACUGCUGGAGAGUUCAUCACCGUCCAGCCCCGUUUGUCCAGUGGACGGCGUUGAGAUCACGCCAGCUGAGGUUUUCCAGGACAACUGCUGCAAACGGGAAAUCUCAAAUUUAGAAGUGUACUGCACCAACUCUCCGGCCUGCAGCUCCGUCGUCACGUUACACCAUCUGCAGGACCACCUGCGGUCGUGUCAGUAUGAGCAGCUGCAGUGCUGCAAUCCAGGCUGCGAGACGGUGCUACAGAGGAGAUACCUGCAGGAACACCUGACCAACACCUGUCCUCACCGCUUGGAGCCCUGCAUCCACUGCCAGCAGCCGCACCGACUCAGCCUCAUGCAGGAUCAUGUGCAGAACUCCUGUCCGGAGACGGAGGUGGACUGUCCCAACAACUGCUCCCAAAAGGUUCCCAGACACAAGCUGACGGAGCACAGAGACUCGUGUCCUGAGGUUCACGUCGCCUGUUCUUAUCAGAGGUUCGGCUGCUCCGUUCAGGAUAAGAGAGCGAAAGUGAAGCUGCAUGAAGACGCCGCUGUCAAUCAUCACAUGCUGCUGGUCCUGAGGAGCAACACGCACCUGGAACAGCAGGUGGAGGUUCUCCAGGAGGAGGCGCAGCUGAGACAGCAGGAGGUCCAGACGGACAGUUUACUGCUCACUGAUAUGCAGAAGAAGAUCAGACCGCUUCUGCAGCAGAACAGCAGCCAUGAACACAUCAUCUCUGCAGCUCAGAGGACUCUCAGCAGGCAGGAGGACGUCCUGUCCACCAUCCAGCUGGAGAUCCAGCAGGUGUCUCGGGGACUCGGUCCUGGUCUGGAGGAGCUGGAGCAGCUCAGAAAGUCUCUGGAUGCUGUGAUUGAAGAAGUGUCGGCAACCGAGGCCCUCAAAGAACACCUGGGAACCCUGGAGGAGAAUCUGAAGCAUCACUCGGGUCUCCUGGAUCUCCAUGCCGCUCAGCUCAAUCGCAACAAGCAGCACCUGCAGGAGCUCGAGGCGACAUCCUAUGACGGCAGACUAAUCUGGAAGAUCGACGACUUCAGGAACAGGAGGGAAGCCGAGACCAAAGGUCAGCCACCUUGCCUGAGCAGCGCGCCAUUUUACACCGGACGCUGCGGCUACAAAAUGGCUGCCAAGGUCUAUCUGAACGGGGACGGGGAGGGAAGAGGGAAUCACCUUUCCCUUUAUGUUGUCCUGAUGCCGGGAGACUUCGACGCUCUGCUGACGUGGCCUUUCAGACAGACCGUAUCUCUGUCUGUUCUGGAUCAAAGCGGCGCCGGUAACCACCGGAGUCUCAGCUUCAGACCUGACCCGACGUCCAAAAGCUUCCAACGACCCGCCGGCGAGUUUGUCAGCAACGUCGCUGUUGGGUUUCCGUGCUUCAUUCCCAACAACAUGCUAGAGACUCCCCGAAACGCUGCGUAUGUAAAUGACGACACGCUGUUCGUCAAAGUGAAGGUGGACCUGGCAGGUUUGGAGCAGCUGUAAGAUUCAGAACUUUACGUUACCGUGUGUAGGAUUUGAUUUAUUUUUGUAAUUUGGCACCAUCUGGUGGUCAUUUCAGGAAGGACACUGUGGUAGGCUAUGAAGACCAAAAUGUUUAACUUUUUUCUUUAAGCUCUCAGGGAUCGUGUGGAGUUCUGACUCCCAGAUACCAACUCCAACACACACUGUGGUGACUAUUAUAAUGCUCAUUAAAAUGAUAUCAUGACUUA